AUAAGCCGAAGUAUUUCACGAGUGCGCGCCAGGCUUAUUGACACAUCUUCAUGAUAUGCGAAGCGUGUAUCAUCGAAAGUCAUAGCUUCAGAAAUUCCAUUGGUUCAGCAUAAAAGGAGACAUGGAGGCUGCAUUGGAGAAAGCCCUGGCAAAUCCAGGCUUGGGAGUGCUCCUGCUGGAUGAAACAAAUCGGGGCCUUGCAGAGGAUGUGGAGAAAUUGCGGCAAGAAGUAUCUCGUAAUGAAGAUACUUGGAAAUUAGAAAAUGAUACCAAGCGCAGAAAUGCAGAAUACUUAUCAGACAUGACACAAAUGUUAGAUAACAUUCAGAAAUUAGUUUCAGCUCACCAAAAAGACGUUGAGUCUGAAAGUAAGCAGGAAAAAGCCGCAAGCAGUGAAGCUGAUGGAAUUUUACGUCAGUGUCGAAAAAAGCAUGGAGAAAUAUCUCAUGUUCAGGAAGCAUCAGAAUAUCUUGAAUCCCUUAUCAAUCAGCAUCAAAGGGAACUUGAAGAUCUGCAAAAAAAUUUGACUGGUGAUUCCAGUCUUUUGAAAGAAUUGUUGGAUCAUUUAGCUGAAGCAGACAAUGAUAACCUUCUCCUUUUGCAAUACUCUGCAGAAGAUGCUUCCAAAAUUAAGGAACUUAGUGUUGCCCUUGAACGUACAAGUGCUGAAGUUGCAGCAACAGAAUCUGAACUCUCCAGUGCACAGGCAGAAGCAGCAGCAUCUCAGACAACAUUAGACCAGCUUAGUACAGCAUUUCUGCAGGCAGCAGCUCAUCGUGAUCAUCUGCUUGCUCAGUGGGAGAUCACUCUAAAUCACAUUUAUCAGAAAGCUAAUGAGCAGACACUUUGCAUUGAGGAUUCACUAGCAGCACAGCAGAAAAUUGGGAUCUUGCAAAGGGAAGUUGAGCAAGAAAAUCAGAUUUUAAGACAAGUGCAAAAUUCCUGUCAGCAAGUCUUAACUAACAUCCAGGUUGUAGAUGAUGAGAGUGUAUUGGUUAACACACACCUACAAGCAGUGACCACUACAAAAGAACAAAUUCAAUCUCAGAUAUGGGCUUUACAAAAUGCACUUAUAAAAGUUAAUAAAGAAAUAGAAAGCCUUAAUGUUCAGUUGUCUGAGCAAAGGACAUUCCGUGAGGAGAAAGAAGCUUUUUAUGAAAGCAUGGAACAAAAGUGCAAGAAAUCAGAGGAAAAGCUGACUGUCAAUACUGAACUUGUAAUAUCAGUUGAAGAGUCACUUCAGUCUUUGGAAGCCAUGUUGAAGGAUGCUGAAGCUCUUGCAAGAGGAUUGAAUAAGCAGAAAGAGAGGAUAGUGGAGGCUGAGCAACACCAUGAAAAAGCUGUGACUGAGUGGCACAGGCAAGAACUAUUACUAAAAGGAGAAAUCACAGCCUUGUCUGCAACUAAGACUCGUAACUUGGUAUAUAUCAAGGAGCUUGACACUAAAGCUGUAAAGCAGAAGGAGGUUUUGCAUGACCAGGAACUCAAUCUUCAGCAGCUCCGACGUAGAAUCCAUGAUCUUACUCAUGACAGAAACAACAAUGCAGUGGAUACAGAAGAACAAAAGCAACUGGAACUCCUGCAGCUUCGUCUUAAAGAAAUAUCUGUAACAAUAAAGAUGCUUACUAAACAGCUGACACUUCUAAAGAAUUCUAGAUCCCAGGAGCAGACUAAUGUGAUUCAACUACAGAAACAAAGUGUUAAGAUGGAGGCAGAACUAACAACUGUAAAGAUGACUAGUGAGAGUGCAGAGAGAGAAUGUGCCAGACUGUCCAGCAAAACAGAAGAACUUAUGGUUGAUGUCAGCCUUUCGCAGCUGCACCUGCAGCGAAGGAUGGCACAGCUUCAAGGAGUUAUGGCUAAAGUGUCACAGUUGGCAGAAGAUAAGUCUGAUAUGGAAAAGUUAAUCACAGAACAGAUCAGAGUUGUGAAGGAACGAGUUGAUAAAGCUGACGUCACUCUGAGAGCCUUGAACAGUGAGAUGCAUAGACUCUUCCUGCAAUUGCAUGAAGUUACUUCAAGGAUUGCUCAGCUCAAAGACAAACAUUCUAAAAUCAAGAUGAGCCUUGAUACACCAGAAGGAGAGGAAGGGGUUUCUACAACACAAGUCUUCUUAAAGGUGGCCAAUGAACGUGCUGGUCUACAAGAGACUGGUGAUCUUCUUGACCUUGAGGUGAGACGUGCAGAGGAGGAGGUUGAUGCUCUGCAGCAGAUGCUAGCAUUGAUAAGUAUAGAGGGUCAGCAAUACCGCUCGCAGCUUCAUGACAUUCUCCACCACAGUGAGGAGCAGAAAGAAAGGAUUAUUCUGGAGGAGAACUUGGCAUCUUUAGAAGAAGAGAUCCAGGUGUGGGAGACAAUGUUAGAUCAAGCACAAGUAGGAUUGCAGAAUAUGCAAAGCAAACUUCAUGAGGUAGAACUGCAAGUCCAUGCUGUAGAAGAACUCUUGAAGGAAAAAAAUAUUCACAUGACAGCAGUCCAAAGGGAAACAGAGAGCCACUGCAAUAAAGCUCGCCAUGCUGCCCAAGCCACGGCCACAAUGCAGUGGAGGACCCGUGGAAAAUCAUUGCAACAGUAUGACAUCGAACUCAGACUUGCACAGGAACGUCUGCGUGCAAUAAAUUCACUCUUGGGUGAUGCAGUUUCACAUUAUCCUGAGGCCAGGGAAUCUGUUGUGAUAUACUGCCAACAAGUGAAUAUUCCUCCUCCAGAUGUUACAAAACUGACCAAGAAGGAAUCAUUUGGUUCAAGGUCCAGCAUUGGCACCUUGCAUUCAUCUCGAAGUAGCAGUGCAAGUCGUCCCAGGAGUAGAUCACCAGGAAAUGAAUCCUGGAAAUCUCGUAGCCAUCAUUCAUCCAUGUCAUCACUCCAUUCUGAAGACUCUGGCCGAAGUGGUUCUCCUUACCAAGGUCCUCCUGCUCCGAGGAGUAGGAGAGCAAGCAGCACCACCAGACUAGGGAUAAAACCAGUCACACAGCCUGGUAUAACAGUUCUGUCACCAGUUUUUCCUACAAAGGACAUAAAGAGACACCAUUAUCAAGGCAAAAAGCUGUCCAAGAGACCAACAAUGCAUUUAUAGUAAACCAAUGACAAAUUAAUGGGUAUAAAAUUACUUUUCUAAAAACUUUUAAGUGAUAUAUAUGUGUGUGUGUGUGUGUGUGUGUGUGUGUGUGUGUGUGUGUGUGUGUGUGUGUGUGUGUGUGUGUGUGUGUGUGUGUCUGUGUGUGUGUUCUUUGCUCAUGUGUGUUCUUUGCUCGUGUGCUUUUUGUUUGCAGAUGUACGUGUCUUGUUUUUAUGUGUGUACAUGCAUGUACUUUAUACUCUAUUUUCUGUGUUUCUGUACAAAGGAUU